AUGGGCAGAACAUCUACAAUCUAUCAAUACGACAAAGACACUCGUCAACAAAUACUAAACUACGGCUCUGAUUCCACUUCUCAUUUAAUUUUCAUUCAUGGAGGUGCUUGGAGAGAUCCAAAUAAUACUCAUCAUGAUAUCGAUCAAUUAUUAAAAUAUUUACCACAAAAUAUUUCAAUUUGGAGUAUAGAUUAUAGAUUGAGUCCACAAGUUAAACAUCCAGUACAUGAACAAGAUGUUAUUUUAGCCCUAGAGAAAAUUCAUCAAUUGAUUGAAGAAAAACAUGGUUCUAUAGAAGGACGAAAGAUUAGUCUUAUGGGUCAUUCUGCUGGUGUAAGUUUAGCUCUAAGAACAUUUGAUCAAGUUCCAAAAUUAAAAAUUAAUAAGUUAAUCUUAUUAGAUGGGAUUUAUGAUCUAACGAAAUUAAUUGAAGAAUAUCCAGACUAUCAAGGCUUUGUAAAUGAAGCAUUUGAUAAUUAUCAAGAUGUAAGUUUCUUGACAAGUGAUCAAUUAAACAAUGUUAAUAUUCAUGUUUUCCAAUCUUAUAAUGAUGAAUUAUUAUCCAAGACCCAAACUGAAUGGUUUUUAGAUCAAUUACAUCAAAAAGGGAUUGAUUAUACUUAUACUUUGGGAAAUUUUGGAAAACAUGAAGAUGUUUAUCAAAAUGAAAAGAUUGCAUCGUAUAUAACAUCAUUGUAUUAA